GGAUACAAAGUCUACCUUACGAUAAAGACAUUUUAAAUAAAUAAACGAUCUUGAAUAAUACGAAUAUGGACGAUGAUGAUCAGUAUCAAGGUGGUUAUGACGUAGGCUCAUUUCCCAAGGAUUUUGGAUAUGCACCAUUUGAUGGAGAAACAGAAGGAUCCAUGGAUCCUUUGUCAGGGGAACAAAAACCUAGAAUACUUUUAAUGGGUCUAAGAAGGAGCGGAAAAUCAUCGAUACAAAAAGUAGUAUUCCAUAAAAUGUCACCAAACGAAACCUUAUUCUUAGAAAGCACAAAUAAGAUUAUUAAGGAUGAUAUAAGUAACUCUAGUUUUGUUCAGUUUCAAAUCUGGGACUUCCCAGGGCAAAUUGACUUCUUUGAUCCUACUUUUGACAGUGACAUGAUAUUUGGUGGUUGUGGAGCAUUGGUUUUUGUUAUUGAUGCUCAGGAUGAUUAUAUGGAAGCCCUGAAUAAAUUACACUUGACAGUUACAAAAGCGUAUAAAGUUAAUCAAGCGAUCAGAUUUGAAGUGUUUAUACAUAAAGUUGAUGGUUUGUCUGAUGACUGUAAAAUGGAAACGCAAAGAGACAUACACACCAGAGCAAACGAUGACCUCGCAGAUUCUGGAUGUGACCAAAUACAUCUAAGUUUCCAUUUAACGUCUAUAUACGAUCAUAGCAUAUUCGAAGCAUUUAGUAAAGUUGUUCAAAAAUUAAUACCACAGUUACCAACUCUAGAAAAUUUACUUAACAUACUCAUAUCGAAUUCUGCAAUUGAAAAGGCAUUUUUAUUCGAUGUGGUAUCUAAAAUUUAUAUUGCAACUGAUAGCUCUCCUGUAGAUAUGCAAAGUUAUGAACUUUGUUGUGAUAUGAUCGAUGUUGUUAUCGAUGUGUCUUGUAUAUAUGGUUUAAGAGAGGAUUUAGACGCCGCGGCGUUCGACAGUCAGAGCUCCAGUUUGAUCAAACUGAACAAUGGAACGAUUUUAUAUUUGCGAGAAGUUAAUAAAUUUUUGGCUCUAGUCUGCAUUUUACGGGAAGAUAAUUUUGACAGACAAGGUGUAAUUGAUUACAACUUCCUCUGUUUCCGUAAAGCCAUACAACAAGUUUUUGAGCUACGCAAUAAGGCUUUGGCUUCAACAAAUGUUAAUAAUCAUUCGACCUCUCCUGUUAAUACAAAUGAAACUUCAAAUGUUCCCACAGUAUCGCAAGGCGGAACCAUGGGGCAAAAUGGUACUGUUGUAAUUGCACAGAGUUAACUUCCGUAUGUAAUAUUUAUAAAUUUCUAUUUAAGCCUUGCAACAGAAGACAAUGUUUCUUUCAUACACAUUUUUUUUUCUCAUUUUUACUUUACAUACUGAUAAUAGUACGUUACAUAAUCAUAUUAUCAAUAAUUUAAUUUUAUAAAUAUUUAGUUAACACAA